AUGGAAAUCCUUACGGCGAAGUUUUAUUGGAAGCAGGAAAGACCAACGAUCAGGCAAGCCCCUUUGCAUCAAGAUCAAUGUCCAAUGAGUGCAAUGAAAGAGAUGCAUUUUUGUGCUGCGCAAGGUCGUGAUCAUAGGCCAUGUUGUUUACGAAGUGGUAUAACGACAACAUUAGCUGGUGCAAAAUGUCUCACAUUUUGUGAUCAAAGGCCUGGUAAAUAA